AUGCACACAGCAGAUGGACAAGUGAGGUGUCUGGGGGCAACCCACCCGGGAGCUGGAACGCUGAGACGUGUUUGGGCAGGCUGCGUCCAGCCAGCCGGCUGGACAGUAAGACCAGGUGUGUGGUACUGGAAAGAUGAUACUAACACCCUUGAAUUUGCAAGCUCCAGUCCAGCAGCUGAGAAAAACCUUAAAGAAGGAAAAAAUACUCUCUUUCAGGAAAUACGUGUAAGGACGUUAAAGAGCGUCUUCCAAGAUGAUUGCAGUUCAAAGCUCCCUGAAAGAAAGCUGGCUGACAAAGAAGGAAAAUUGCAUAUGAUAUCCCAGUGGGUACAACAUGAAUAUGUGACGUUAGAUGACGUCAAAUAUGCUGCUUUGCUUAUGAAAGACACACAUGAGUCACAUCACACGUUGGCACUUGAAGUAGUUAUGGGGAAUGAGAAACUAGAUGACUUCCUCAUGGCCCUGCUCUUCUACAUAUCUUUUUACCUGGAAAAAAUUGCCCUGGAAAAGAAAUACAGAUCCUUGACUUUGACUAUGAUAUCUUUUGAGAAGACAGAAAUGGACAAUGUGUUGGAGAAGUUAGCAAUGUCCAGGAUUCACCUUGCCAAGGCGUACUGUAACCUUAUCCUUGGACGACGCGUGGCACAGCAGUCUAGCGGAAAGGAAAAACCAUCAUUGCAGAAAGAUCGGAGCUACUUUGAGGGCUUGCACAACUUCAGCAGCUAUGUGACUUGGCUUGUGUUCAGAUGUAAGCACUUCCAAGUGAUUCGGGAAGAAAUUGGCAGGCUUCUUUUCUCUGAUGUGUUCAAUCCUGCCUUAAGAGGCAAGAAGAAUAUUGAGCUGCAGAAACGAGGAGAUGGAACUGCUGAUGCAAAUACUGCACAAUUGCUGUAUCCAAGAAAAGACCGUGACAAGCAUCCUUCCAUAAGCACCAUGAUACAGCAGUGCUCACCAGUGCUGAGCACGCUGCUGCCCUUACCAAAGGACAGUGCUCAAUACUUCUUCCCAAACCAGGACUGUAAGGGUAGGGACUCUCAACCUCACACGUGUGGUGACCUGCCAGACUUCUCUGAAGUGUUUGCUAACAAGUAAGGGGCUACUUCUCUGCAUAAACAGAUUUGGUAGUGCUAUGAGGAAGGAUGUCAAACAGCUAGCUCUUCCUCACCAGGAGAGGGGCCAUUGGUCUGAGGACUUGGUCUAUACAGGAGUUACAGAGGAACAGGAGUGUGAGUCCUGAGAGACCUGAGCAAGCCUGAAACUUGCAGAGGUAGCACAUUGCUUAGCUGAUGGCAAAGCAGCUACCAUCCAUUGUAGUGCUUUGUUAAAACUCAGAAGUUUCAUGGGGAAAGGAAACAGGCCUUAACAUAAAUUUGAUCAGAAAUUAAUCAAAGCCUCACAAAAUCAAAAUAGGAUGUUUAUUUUUUUCCUUCUUAUGAUAUUCCCAUUUUAUAUUUCUUCUUGACUUUUAGUUUUUAAUAGUGUUCUGAUCAGACAUUACUGAUGCACUUUAUUAAAAAAAAGUGAUUUUACUACAUUGUAUUUUUCAAAUAUAAUUUGGAUUGUAAUAGAAAUAGAACCUUUUAUUCUGAUAUAAUCUAAACCUUUCAAGCCUGGGCAGGCUAUCUGAGAGGAAAUCCAUUACCCAUCCAGCUAUGGUUAACAAUAAUAUCACUACAGGGCUUUUUAAUGUAAUAACUAAUGUAAACAGGACCACUGUAAAUCAGUUUUGCUCCAUUGUAGUGUAUGUAAAGCUUCGUGUAAGACUUUCCCUCAUAAGUCUUCUUUCUCUGCCUGGAAAUUAGAAUUUGAGAAUUGCCUUAAUUUGCCUGGAUCUUCAGAGUUCUGGCAAUCUAAUGAAUGCUACAGCUCUGUGCAUGCAAAACCUUUGGAUGUAUCUACAACACACAACCAGCGAGUCUGGUACUUCUUGAGAGUGUGAAAUUUGCUACAAUUCACAUGUCAUUGUUCUAUGCAUGCUUUGGAAGCUAGGUGCAUCCUGAGCAUCUUGGCUUUAUAAUUUACGCACAGAGUCAUGUAAUCUGUAUGCAACGGGGCCAAACUUUCCAGGGAGCGCUGAGCUUCUCUUGGAUGUAUGCAAUUUGUAUUGUGCACAUGUAAACUCCAGACAGAAACAUGAUAUAAGGUACUGAGGGUAUAAGCAUGGUGAUCUGUUUUUAACCUGUGGCAGAGGAGAUAUUCUCUGCUAAAGGAAGCAAGGUUCCUUGCUGGUUUACCUAAGGAACAUGGCAGAUCUGUUCCCCUUUCUCCUAUUUUCUUUUCCUUCAAUGUGUCAAGCAGAUUAACAUGAUGUUUUCUCACAGGGUGGGCAUCAUUGGAGCUCAUUGUAGUGAGUUAAAAUCUCUCCUAAGCACAUCUGAGGAGAAAAAGGAAGAAGAGGAGGUUGAGCAGGAGGAAACACAAGGAAGAAAAAGCAGUGACCUCAGUCUGCCACCUCUGGGAAGCCCCCAAAACAGGCUCAGUACUCAGAGCACUGUGCUCUGAAGAGCAGUGGCAGAAGGUGACUGUAAUCAGAGCAACCAGCAGACGUGAUAUUUGUGUUGAGUGACAUGGUUUAAAGUUGCUAAAUAAAUCACUUGGAAAUUGCA